UUUACCAUGAAGCACAUUGCCACCAAAAAGGUCGGGAGCCUGCUCUCGCGGUGUACGGCGCCCACCCGCGUCUCGUAUGCGUCCCGGCAUUUCAAGAGCUCCGCAAUUCCUCGACAGCACCUCCGACGGCAGUUCCACAGCACGCCGGCCCUGGACGUCGUGAAGCCGUAUCUGCUCGCGGACAUUGGAGAGGGUAUCACGGAAUGCCAGGUUAUACAGUGGUUUGUGCAGCCAGGCGCGCGCGUGGAGCAGUUCGACCCAAUUUGCGAGGUGCAAUCUGACAAGGCGUCAGUCGAGAUCACAUCGCGAUUCGACGGGGUAAUAAAGAAGCUGUACUAUGAGCAGGAUGACAUGGCCAAGGUUGGCAAGCCACUAGUAGACAUCGACAUCCAAAGCGACAUAUCUCCCGAGGACGAAGCCCUUCUUAACGACAACGACUCCAACGUUCCUACAUUGAGGCCAACACCCUCGGGGGGUCAGGAGGCGGGAUUAGAGGUGGAUAGAAAUGAUACUAAGGCAGCUACUGGAGACGCACCACCACCACCCCCACCUCAAACUCUCCCGGCGAAGCCAGAGACAACGUCCACACCCUCUGAGGGGCAAGCACCACGAGCGGUAGGGAAACAUGCUAGCCUAGCAACACCCGCAGUCCGACAUUUGACGAAAGAAUUGAACGUACAAAUAGAAGAUAUAGAAGGAACAGGCAAAGAGGGCCGUGUUACCAAAGAAGAUGUGCAGAAGUAUGCUGCCGCUCAGAAAGAGACACCCACAACUACCAAGUCGUCGACUCCAGCUGCACCGGAGCCCCAGGCUGAGGACCAGAUCCGACCGCUCACACCGAUCCAGAAAGGCAUGUUCAAGCAAAUGACACGCUCGCUCUCCAUACCGCACUUCCUCUACACCGACAACGUAGACUUCACUGGCCUAAGUUCUAUCCGCAAGAGCCUCAAUGCUUCGAAGGAGAAGUCACAGAAACUCUCCGCCCUUCCGUUCGUCGUAAAAGCUGUGUCUCUAGCUCUUUCGAAGCACCCGCUUCUCAACUCGCAUCUCGACACCUCCAACGCCGAGAAACCUCAGAUGGUUGUAAAAGCACAACACAACAUUGGCAUCGCAAUUGACUCGCCGAGCGGUCUCCUGGUUCCGGUUGUGAAAAAUGUGCAGUCGCUCUCGAUUGAGGCUAUAUCCGCAGAAAUUGGAAGACUGGGUGCUCUCGCUCGUUCUGGGAAGCUUACCAAUGCAGACUUGAGCGGAGCCUCCUUCACCCUGAGCAACAUCGGAAGCAUUGGUGGGACGGCAGUAGCGCCUGUAAUCGUCAGCCCUCAAGUCGCGAUCCUAGGCGUUGGUAGAGCGAGAGUUGUACCAGCUUUUGGAAAGGGUGGAGAGCUAAUCAAGAAGGAGGAAGCUGUCUUCAGCUGGAGUGCGGAUCACAGAGUCGUGGAUGGUGCUGCGGCAGCUCGUUGUGCGGAGGAUGUGAGGUCAUAUUUGGAGAAUGUUGAGAGCAUGUUGGUGCAGAUGAAGUGA